AUGGCUACGAACUUGCCAUUUCCAAUAUUCAAAAGUACAGGAGACGACAAGCGCGACAUGGAGAUCUUUGAAGAAGAUUUAAAAGAUUACUGUACGCUAAAUAAUUGGUAUGACCCGUCAAAGUCAACCGAAGAAGAAAGAUGGAUCAAAACUGACAAAGCAAUAGCUUGCCUUCGAGCGUGUCUUACACCAACAGCAAGAACUGUAUACAAAUACAGCUUAGGUCUUAGCGAAGCAGAGCAAAAGAAGACUCAUUCAGUACUUCAAGCAUUGCGAGAAUAUUACGGCGCAAGUAUUGGGGUCUCGGGGGAACGGCAAAAGUUUCUUCGCUUACUGCAACAAGACGCUGAAUCGAUAAGUUCAUGGGAGUCCCGUAUACGAAAUCAGAGUGCUCAGUGCGAAUACGAGAGUUUUGAAGACAAACUCAUGCGAGACCAGUUCAUAUCAGGCUUAGCAUCAGAACAACUCCGUGUUAAGCUCAUCGGCAAAGGUCACAGACAUAAGGACGGUGAACGAGCAAAGGUUACCUUGCGAGAAGUUGUCGAAGUUGCUAAAAUAUUUGAAGCAACGACAGCGACAAAUCAACUCAUGAAAACGGCCAGAGAAACACAAGAGUAUGAACAAGUCAAUUAUAACAAUAAUACGAAACAAAAGCAAUCGAACCGUGACUCAUGUUUUUGGUGUAGUGGCCAACAUAAGCAACCCCGUCAGAGAUUCUGUCCAGCGUAUUCGAAAAGAUGCAACAAAUGUGGCACACUCGGACAUUUUGCCAGAGCUUGUACAAACGCUGGAAACGUCCCUGGAAGCGUCGAGAGUCGAAAACCAUACAUGCAACGGCAACAACAACAAUAUGCAAAUCAAGUUUAAGUCGAAGAUAAUUAUGUAAAUGAAGAAUUGUUCAUGACAGGUCACGAUAUGAACAACAAGGAAAUGCAAAUGGACGAAAAUUCUUCGCACAUCUAACCGUUGUCGAAACCAAUCGAUCAAAGGUUGUCAAAGCACAAAUCGAUUCAGCGUCAACGUGUAAUACUAUCCCUGUGAACAUUCUACAUCAACGUUUCCCGAACAUUAAAAUUGAGAAAACCAAAGCUGCGAUCCAGACGUAUGGAGUUCAACGGAUAAAACCAAAGGGCAAAGUGACUUUCUGCUGCGAAAGGAAAGGAAAAUUGCAUCUACUUGAUUUCCUGGUAGUCGACGUACUUCGUGGAAAGCCGCCAUUGUUGAGUGGUCGAGACGCAGAGAUCUUGGGAUAUUUGGAUAUUCAUGCCGAUGAGAUUCAUUCCGUGAAUGAAGUAAAAACGGACAAGAAUUCAAAUGUGCACAAUCAGAAAAUCCAGAAUGAACAGCUCAAUCAUCAGAAUUCAGAGUGCAAUGCCCAAAGUCCAGCAAGCAACAUCAAGGGUCAAGAAUGUGUGCGUCAAUGAGCCCAAGCCCUUCACAAGUCCAGCAAAAUUCCACAAUUGGGGGAGUUAACAAAAGAAUUUGUUCUAGAGCAUUAUGAUAAAGUAUUCCAACCAGGAAGAGGAAAUCCGUUGGGUGCACCCAUGUAUAUGGGAGAUGGAUCCCGUCAUUUGACCAGUACAUGCUCCUCGACGACGUGUUCCCGUUGCAAAGGUACAGAGAGUUAAUGAAGCAUUGGAGAAGCUCUGCGAAGAACGUGUUAUAGUUCCAGUCACACAACCAACGAACUGGUUAUCGAACAUGUUGAUAAAAGAAAAGCCUAAUGGAAAACUCCGAAUAUGCAUUGAUCCAAGUCAGACAAUAAAUAAGGCAAUAAAGCGUCCAAUCUACACUAUUCCAACAAUCGAAGAAAAGCUUCCAUUUCUUACUAAAGCGAAAGUGUUUACAAUUGGUGACGUGUCGGAGGCGUUCCACAACGUAGUUUUAGAUGAACUCUCCUCUUUACUUACAAUAUUCCAAGGCUCAAAUGGACGCUAUAGAUAUCUACACAUGUCAUUUGGAAUCUCAUCUGGUCCGGAAGAAUACCAACGAAGACAGCGAGAAUUUCUGGAGGGCUUGGAGGAUGUCAUCAACAUCGCUGAUGACAUUUGCAUUUUUGGAUGUGGAGAUACAGACGAACAAGCAAGUAAAGAUCACGAUACGAACUUAAUUGCAUUACUGGACUGA